UCGCGUGCGAGCGGCAAUCGGUCGGUUGUGCGGCGGAAAAAUCAAUUCAAACAUUGGCAAAGCCCCGAAAGUGGUUCAUGACUUGUUUUAAUAUCUCCUUCGUUUCGCGUGAGUUUUCAGUUGGCUUGGUCUGUGUCUUGGAGCGGUAUGUUCUUAUGUAGGUAUGUCUCGGUAUAAAGUCAGUACAGCAGAGUGGCACAGACCUGGCGGCCGGCGAUUGGCUGCUAGGAGGGGGAGCGUGUGAUGAUAUUUGCAGUCAAACGCUAAGGGCAGUCAACUCUAUAACUAUUCACUAUAUAUGCAGAUUGCGGCACAGAUUUUGGUUAGAACUCAAAGUGACUUUACCGUUUCUAAUAGUUCAGUUUGAGAUAGCGAUUGGUACGUGACAUUCACACAGUUUUAGUGCAGUAACAAGAUUUUAAUAUUUGAGACGUUCCAGGUUCUAAGAUGAUAACCAUGGAUUUGUACAAUUACUACGUGUGGGAGAAUGCAGGUAACAAAACGAGUAUCCCCGGACACACGACUGGUUCCUCGCAGGCUCUCCAUUCCCCGUGCUGGGUGUUAUCGUCGGCUACCUCAGCUUGGUAUACUACAUAGUUCCUAAGUACAUGGAAAAUCGCGAACCGUACAAGAUGAAAACAUUUCUAGGGUUUUACAAUUUGUUUCAAGUAGGAUACUGUGUGAUGGUAGUUGUUAAGUGUUUCCAAGCCGGUUGGACGCCUGACUAUUUUUACCGGUGCUAUGAGACAGAUUAUUCCUACAGCCCAAAAGCUUUGAAGAUGGCUGAAGUAACGUGGUAUAUCUUGUUUAUUAAGUUUGUGGAGUUACUGGAGACAAUUCUGUUCGUGCUACGCAAAAAACAAAACCAGGUUUCCUUCCUUCACGUGUAUCAUCAUAUCAGUACCUUUGUCAUUGCAUACAUAUUUUGCAAAUAUGUUGGAGGGAGCAUGUUAGUGUUUUCGAUAGUAGCCAAUUCAAUAGUACACAUUAUAAUGUACUCAUACUAUUUCAUCUCGGCAUAUGAUGUGGCCAUGUUCAAGUACGUAGCCGGCAAAAUAAAGCGGUACAUAACCAGUAUGCAGUUGAUUCAAUUCGCGCUACUAACGACCAACAACCUGUUUGGUUUGCAACCAGGCUGCAAGACAUGCAAACCGUUUCUCGUCAUGUACAUCCCGAACGUGUUUAUUCUUAUCUAUCUUUUUAGCGAUUUUUACAAGAAGUCCUAUGACAGAAAACGAUCUAAGAUCGAAUAGAUCAUAAAGUUUGCAAUCAGGUUAGUAGGGAUUCAGUUGGUCCAGGGGUGCUGGAGGUUUCAACAACCAAGGUGAAACUGUGAUAAAUGAAAUUGUUAGUAAGAUUGUAAUAGGCGCGUAUUAGAACGAAGAAAA